AUGAUGAUGUUUUUAGAUUGCUCUUCCUUUUAGUUUAUUAUGCAGUGCUUCUUUGCCGAUGUGGAGACCCAGACUGGCCUGUAAAGGAGGGUUUGCACCCUCUGUUAUAAUUGAUGUGGGGGCUAUUCUUAGAAUCGGAGAAUAUAACAUAAAAUAAUGAACUAUAGUUCCUCUGUUUUUGAUAGUUAUUAUUUCGCAAUCACAUAAAAUAUGUCACAUCCAAAUAUAGUUCGGCAUGAUACUGAAAAGUAUUAUUACGAUCCCAAAACUGAAUCACAGAAAGGAAAUUUUCCGUUUAAUGAUUCGUCGGAAAGGUCGGUCGAUUUGAGCAUCAUCGUUCCAGCAUACAAUGAAGAAUUAAGACUUCCAGUGAUGCUGGAUGAAACCAUUGAGUUUUUAGAAAAAAGAUCCGCAUCUUUAAAAUCUUAUUCAUAUGAAAUAAUUGUCAUCGACGAUGGGAGCAAAGACAAAACAACAGAGGUGGCACAAGAGUAUACAAAGAAAUAUGGGGCAAAUAAAGUUCGAGUUCUCACCCUGUUUAGGAAUAAGGGUAAAGGGGGAGCCGUAAGAAUGGGGAUUCUAAGCUCUAGAGGAAAAUAUCUUCUCAUGGCUGAUGCGGAUGCUGCAACAAGAUUCUCUGACAUUGUCAAGCUGGAGGCAAAGAUAAAAGAAAUUGAGAAAGAUUCCAUAAAUGGAAUGGCAAUUGCAGUUGGAUCUCGUGCUCAUUUAGAGGAAGAUUCUAUUGCGAAUCGUUCAUUGUUUCGUACCAUUUUAAUGAAAGGAUUUCAUUUACUAGUUUGGUUUUUGUGUGUUCGGACUGUCCGUGAUACACAAUGUGGUUUCAAAUUGUUUAAUAGAAAAGCUGCUUUCACUACAUUCCUAAAUUUACAUGUUGAACGUUGGGCCUUCGAUGCAGAGCUUUUGUAUAUUGCUGAAUCUCUGAAUAUACCCAUUGCUGAAGUAGCAGUGUAUUGGACUGAGAUAGAUGGUUCAAAAAUGGUCCCUGUUUUAAGUUGGAUACAAAUGGGAUGGGAUUUGCUGUUAAUUUAUAUUUGGCACAUGACAAGGAUGUGGACUAUAGAAAAAAUGGAGUGAAACGUUAUGGAUUAGUUAAUAGUACUUUUUUCCUUAAUGCAAUGAAUAUAUUAUAAAUAUUUUAUUAAAAGUAGACAAUUGUAGUUACUAAUGAUAUUUUUGAGCAAAUGCAUGUAUUUUUGAAAUUGACCUGGUAUGGUAGUUAUUAGGGAGACUCAUAACUUAUUAUCACACAAUCAGAAUAAUAAAGGGAACAUAAUUACUUGAACAGAUUACUUGAACUUUAGGGUACGUCCGUCAUACAUAAACAGAAGUUCCAGUAUCAAAUAAAGUUUGUUCAUUUUCGCAUGUUCUGUUUUCUUUUGGUUACAACUUACGCUGUAUAAAAUAUCCAGAAUCUUUUUUGAGAUUUAUCUUGGUUAUGAAAUUCAUCUUUUCUUAUAUGCAGUGAUAUACCGUAGUUAUAUCCAUCACAUUUUAGAAUAUACAAAUCGGUUAAAUGGCUAAUUUAAUUGUCUGAGGCCCAUCACUAGUAAAGCUGAAAUAUCUUAAAUAAAAGCUGUUUUAUUGUCUUGACGAGUUCUUGAUUUAUGAUUGAAUUAGAAAUUCUGUUAAAAUUGCACUGUUUUGAUAUUCUAAAUUUGUCCCUUUUUGAACUUUCUAAAAUCAAAUCGUUUGUAUUGUGUCUAUGUGUUCCAAUUUGCCAUUUUUCUUAUUUAUAGUCUGUAUUAGUAGCUUCAAUAAUUCACUGCCUGCUGUUGUUUAAAAAUUUUGUGGCAGUCUUUGUAUGCAGUGAUUUUAAAUAGGAAAUCAUAUUAUUUGUAUCGUUGUAGUAAAAUUUCUCAUUGUGUAUUUUUUGCAAUCAAAUUUAAGAUCCAAAGCCAACUAACUUCACUUUUCCAAGUAGAA